CACUCUCCACCUCUUCAUUUGGUACACUCUCUCUCUCCCUUGACUUUUUGUGCUUAACUCUGGAAAAUGACGACUCCUGUUCCCCUAGCGCUGGCUAGCAUCCAUGCCCUUCCGGCUUGCUGAUCUGAAUAGACCGAUCCCUAGAGGGCCACUGGUGGGGAUAUAAGAGAGCAUGGAGCCCUGGUGUCAUAAUUCUGCUAACAAGAUAAGGACAGGACGCUAACACUCAUUUCAGAAGGAGAGGACUCCAAUAACAGGAAUUCAAAAACACGUCUCACUCCAUUGGAUCAAAGAAUGGCUAUGGUCACCACCAUCCAACCAUCCAACCUCUCUGCGGUGAACGCAUCAUUCGAGGACCUGAGAGCGGACCCACUAUGCAGCAGCAUCUCUCCUUCCCGACACCAGAACAAGCUCAUCCCCGCCAUCUACGGAGUCAUCUUCCUCCUGGGCUUCGUCGGCAACGGCCUGGUGGUGCUGGUGCUAAGCCACAGGUCCAGUCGGAAGACCAUGGCCAACACCUACAUGCUGAACCUGGCUCUUUCGGACCUGCUGUUCCUCACCAGCCUACCCUUCUGGGCCGUCUACUACUCCUAUGACUACGACUGGGUGUUCGGGAAAGUGAUGUGCAGGGUGUGCGGCUGGCUCCUCAACAUCAACGUGUACGCCAGCGUCUUCUUCAUCACCUGCAUGAGCGCCGACCGCUGCCGGGCCAUUGUGCACCCGCUCCAGUCGCAGAGCCAGAGGAACCUCCGCCGGGCUCGGGCGGUGAGCUGCGUGGUCUGGGUGGCAGCCACCCUCCCCACCAUCCCCGCCCUGGUCUUCAGGGAGGUCCACUACUUGGAGGAGCUGAAGGUCACGGCCUGCGCGGUGAACUACCCCAGCACCGGCUGGUUCGUGGGCCUGGCCCUCAUGAAGAUCGUCCUGGGCUUCCUGGUCCCCUUCGCCGUCAUCGCCACCAGCUACUGCACCAUCGGCCGCCACCUGCUCGGGGCCGCCCCUGUAGACGAGGGUUCGGACCACCUGGACCGGGCCCUGAGAAUGGUGGUGGCGGUGGUGUUGGCUUUCUUCAUCUGCUGGUUCCCCUUCCACCUCCUGACCUUCCUCUACACCCUGGGCGCCUUGGAGCUCCUGACGGCCUGCUGGGUUAGGUGGGCCGUACACGCAACGAUCCCGUUCGCCCUCUGCCUGGGCUUCUGCAACAGCGCCAUCAACCCCUUCCUCUACUGCUUUGUGGGCAACCACUUCCGCGAGCAGCUGGCCUGCCUGGUCCAGGCGUGGGCUCCCAGGUUGUUCCAGAAAACCGGCUCCAUCAGCUCCAGACUGAGCUCCUUCUCCAGGAAGCCCAGCGACCAGAAGGACCUGAGCUCGCAGGAGAGUGAGGGACAACACAAUAGAGGGUCCAGGGGAGGGGUCAGGAGUCACAUAGUGGCACAGGACAGUAAUGUGUCAUGCGUUUAACCCAAUGCGGUAACCCCAACCAAAGUGACUGAGACCAGCAGUGUCUGUCUGGCAUUGACAGUCAGAUUUAUAGAGGCCAGCCUUCUUCAGGAAUCAUUAUAUGCAUUUUUAAGUGCUGGCCUCUGACACGAUCUAGCGGUCGAUGAACUUGUGUCUUGUAUUAUAUAUAUAUAUGUAUAUAUGAAAGAAUAUGUUGUCACUUUAUGUAAAAUGCAGUCUAAAAUGCUAUAUUCCGAUAAAUAUUAAUGGAAGUGCCAAGUGGAUGAUUGUUUAAGCUAUAAUGCGGCAAAAGAAUGAUUUUGCGAGUUGUUUUUUUGAUGGUGAUUUUAAAGUUCUCUCUAUUUUGUCAUGAGGUGAACCAAACAUGUUGGAAUAUUUUGCAGCCACUGCCAGUAUCCGGAUGCACUUUUAAGUUAUGGUUUUGCUAACGUUGAAUGAAUAUAUUUUUCAUGGGAUCAAAAUGAUCCCGGGAUUAUAAAUCAGGGCAUUACUACCUCACCUUAUUUCAAAUAAAUAUAUACAUUUUUGGAAA